AGGACUCGGUCGGUGGAGGGGCGCGCAUUCAGGCGCCCCCAGCCCAGUGUCGGUUUUCAAACUUCGGGGAGCCUUCUCGGCCAUUGAAAUGCAAAUCCAGUCCUGAGCGCUCUGGCCAAUCCCCGAGGCUUCCUGUGGAUUACCUGGAGGUGAGCGCCCAGCCCGCGCGGCCUGGGCGGGAGGCGUGGUCGGCGGGCGCCCCAGCACCUCGGGCCCGGGCGCUGCGAGUUCGCCCUCCAGCCCGCGCGCCGGCCGCCGAGCGCUAGAACCGGGCGGGCGCGGCCGCAGGAGCCGGGCGGUGGCUCAGGGCGCGGCGGCCGCCCAUUGUUGAGCGCGGCUGGGCCCCACCGGCGAUGCCCGCCGCCUCUGAGACGGGGCGUCGAAGUUUGAACUUGGCUGCCGACCGGGGGGCGGAGGCCCGGGAGCGGAGAUGAGAUGUGUGUGCAGCCCAGGGCUUGGCAGAUGCUGGCACCCCUGACACAGGACACCUCAACUCUGACCCCCAACACAGGAAAGCAGCAUGGUCAGGAGGAGUUAAUCUUCGGCUGAAGCACAGGCGCAGUGAACCUCCAGGCCGACCUCACUCUUGGCAUUCAACCAAAUUUGGGGAGAUGAUGCAAAUAUCUCAGGGCACGAUUGGCACUCCUUGGCCUCAGAGCUACCAUUCCAGCUCCUCUACAAGUGACCUCUCUAGCUAUGAGCAUGCGUAUCUGAGGCGGAGCCCUGAACAGUGCAGCUCCCAGGGGAGCAUGGAGAGCCUGGAGCCCAGUGGGGGGUAUCCACCCUGUCACCUUCUUUCCCCAGCCAAGUCCACCAGCAGCAUUGACCAGCUCAGCCACCUUCAUCACAAGAGAGACUCUGCUUAUAGCUCCUUCUCCACCAGCUCUAGCAUCCUCGAGUACCCACCUCCUGGCCUCUCUGGCCAGGAGCAGGCAGGCUCCACAGACACUCCUCCUGCUCGAGGUGGCCUCCUGGAUGGAAUGCGGCAGGCGGACAUUCGCUAUGUCAAGACAGUCUAUGAUCCCCGAAGGGGAGUGUCAGCAGAGUAUGAGGUGAACUCAGCAGCCCUGCUUCUGCAUGGUCGGGAGGCCCGGGCCUCAGCAGAUGGUCAGAGCUAUGACAGGUGGCCUGGUGUUCCUCGGGCCAAGGCAGCACUGUCCCUGGCCUGGAGUCAGCAGAGCCCCAGUUCCCUGGAGACAGUCACUGACAACAUGACUUCUAAAGUGGGGGCCCCUCUGCCCCCUGCUAGAAGUGACAGUUACGCGGCCUUUCGGCACCGAGAGAGACCCAGCUCUUGGUCUAGUCUUGAGCAGAAACGGUUCUGCCGGCCUCAGGCAAACUCUUCAGGCUUGAAGUCACCCUUCUUGGAUGAACAGCUGCACACUGUGCUAGAGAAGAGCCCAGAGAACAGCCCCCCAGUGAAGCCCAAGCAGAAUUAUACCCAGAAUGCUCAGCCUGGCCAACCUCUGCUGCCCACUGGCAUCUACCCCGUACCUUCCCUGGAGCCACACUUUGCCCAGGUGCCCCAGCCUUCUGUGAACACUAAUGGCAUGGUCUACCCUGCACUGGCCAAGGAGAGUGGGUAUGUGGCCCCUCAGGGAACUAGCGAGAAGCUGGCUGCCUUGGAUGAGAACGGGAACCACAAUGGACCGAGCCGUCCUGGAUUUGCUUUCUACCAACCCCAGCAGCACAACUCAACAUCCCCAGGAGAGAGGAGAACUGAAAUGUCAGCCAAAUGUGUCCCUUACAAAGUUCAUUUCCAUCCAGUGCCUGAAAAUGAGGAGGAGGCCUCCAUGAAGAGACAGUUCUCACCUCUCCAAGACCACAGCCCACAUCCCAGUGAGUGGAGGAGCAGCAAAGCACAUUGUGAUUACCACGCCCUCCGAUCCCCUCAGGCUCAGGCCUGGAUGGCAGGUGAAGACAAAAGGUCAUUGAGGUCCUCUGAGCCUUGGGAGGGGGAUUUCCAGGAAGAUCACAACGCCAACCUCCAGCAGAGACCGGAAAGGGAAACCUUUGGCAGGACCAAGUCAGCCUUUUCAUCUCUUCAGAAUAUUCCUGAGAGUCUUCGAAGGUCAAGCUGCCGCCUGGAGAUGGGGGAAUCAGUCCUGGAGGGCCCCCAGAAUGAGGAGCCCCUCUCGGCAGUCAACACCAAGGCAGAGGGCUCUGGGAAGAAAGCUGCUCUGGAUUACUGGAGCCAUCUGGACAGGCCGGUUUCCUACCCAAGGCCUGAGGGGAGAGCCAGUGUCUUGGCCUCUUUCCAGAGCUCAGACCGGAGGUAUGAAGAGCCGCCCUCGCCAGCCCAGCCACAGACGUCCAGUCUGGGCCGGAGGAGGUUGGGCGCCGCCACGGCUCUGCAGGGCCUCCAUCCCGGGAGGCCGGGCUGCUCCUCGGUGCUGGAGAAGGUGUCCCAGAUCGAGCAGCGCGAGCCCGGGGGAGGCUACGGCCACCACCCCCGGCUUGGCAGGACUUGUGCGAGUGACUUCCAGGAGCCCAAAGGCCCUCUCCGUGACUCUGAAGCCACCACCGCCGAGGCCCUCGGUGACGGGGAGCAGCCCUUCAAAAACGGGGAACCCAGGCUGGAAGAGGUUUCCUGGCAGCCCUGUGGGCAGCAGCUGCGGCGCGGCCCCCCAGUCCAGGCUGGCGAGCCUCCGCAGCGGGACGCACGCCUGCUCCGCAGCCAGAGCACCUUCCAGCUGUGCAGCGAGGCCCAGUGGCCCGAGGAGCGGCCUGCCAGCCCUGAGUCGCCCCAGCCCGACGCCCCCUUGAGCCGCGCCUACCGUAACAGCAUCAAAGACGCACAGUCCCGCGUGCUGGGCGCCACCUCCUUCCGCCGCCGCGACCUGGAGCUGGGGGCGCCCGCGCCAGCCUGCAGGCCCUGGCGGCCUCGGCCCUCCUCUGCCCACGUGGGGCCGCGGAGCCCCGACGCGCCGGCAGCCUCCCCGCACACCCCGCACACCCCGCGGGAGCGGCACAACGUGACCCCGGCAGGGGACGACACCGCGAGGCCUGCGCUCCCCGCCGCCGCCCGCAGGGGGCCACGCCGCCGCCUGACCGCGGAGCAGAAGAAGCUCUCCUACUCAGAGCCGGAGAAGAUGAACGAGGUGGGCGUCUCGGAUGAGGCCGAGCUGGGCCCGCAGAGGACGGGGCUGCGGUUCUCAGAGAGCACGGUGGCCGACCGGCGCCGCGUGUUCGAACGCGAAGGCAAAGCCUGCUCCACGCUCAGCCUGUCGAGGCCCGAGCUGAAGCAGGUCCAGCAGAGUGCCCUGGCCGACUACAUCCAGCGCAAGACGGGCCGCAGGCCCUCCUCUGCUGCGGGCCUCCAGGAGUCGGGGCGCGCCCAGAGCACCUACCUCCUGCCCCGCCCCGAGGGCUCAGGCCUCACCCCGGCCUCCAGCCUCUGCUCUCUGCGGGAGCCAAGCCUGCAGCCCCGGCGGGACGCAGCCGCAGCCCUCCUGCGCGUCGCUGCAGUGGGGGCUGGAGGGGAACCCCCGCGGGCCCCCCGAGAUCGGAGCAGCUCUUUCGCUGGCGGUCGCCUCCUCGGGGAACAAAGACGUGGGGACCAAACCCCAAGGGAUCAGCUUAAUGGAGCUAACUUGAGUGGAACAAAGGGUACCCAGAGAGUGGACCGGAUGCCAGGGGAGCACUCCUCAUGGGGUGUCACCGCCCAGACAGCUGGGAAGUCCAAGUCAGCUGAAGACCUGCUGGAGCGCUCGGACGUCCUGGCUGUCCCUAUCCAUGUGAGGUCACGAUCAUCUCCCAUUGCAGACAAGAAGCACCAGGACAUGCUUUCAGGAGAAGGAAAUGGCUUCGGUUUUGUGAGGAAUCCAUGUUGUCCAGCUGGCCCUGGAUCUAGGUUACUCAGCUAUUCAGAAAAAGGCCAAGAAGAGAUGGGUUUACUCAAGCACCCCCCUAGCCCUCACUGGGGUAGUUCAGGCUACAACUCGGUCACCAGUUCCUUGGCUCCCACUGAAUGCCCUGGAGCUCUGGACCAUGAGGGGCAAGCCAACAGAGCACCUGGCCCCAGGCCGCUGCCCACGGGGACACAGGGGCCUCUCACAGACUCCAGGGCCAAAGUGCUGACCCCACUCAGCCCAUCUCCGCCAUCCCCAGUCCCCUCUAGCUUCUGUUCACCAGCAGCCAGCGACCCACCACCCAGAAGAGACUGUCAGGUGAGGAAGCAGCCUCUAACACCGUAUACCCCAGCAGUGACCCACAGAAGCAAUGGCCACGGCCUGGCCCAGGCACCCAGCCUGGCCCAGGCACCCAGCCCAGAGCCUGCAGCAGAGGGAGCAAGGAAGAGGGUCUCCCUGCCUCAGCGGCCUCCCCCAACAUGGAUGAAGUGGGCACAUUCUGUCCGUGAGGACAGUCUGCCUGAGGAAGCCUCCCCACCCGAGUCUGCAAACCUGAAGCACUAUCAAGGCCAGCAGAAUCUUCCAAGUUUAAGCAGCACUUCAGACCCAGACACACCCCUGGGAGCCCCAAUCACGCCAGGGAGGAUCUCCCUGCGAAUAUCCGAGUCGGUCCUACGGGCGACCCCACCACCACAGGAGGACUAUGACGACGAAGUGUUUGUGAAGGACUUGCACCCAAAUGCCACUUCCAUCCCCACCUGUGAUGCUCUUCCACCACCCCCACCCCCACCCCCAGAGCAGGAAAGCCCCGUGGGUAACUCAGCUGCCUUCCCUCCACCUCCACCACAAGUUCUGUACGAGGCACUGCUGGACAACGAGGGCUACAGGGAGCUCCACACUAGCAGCUCCAGCAAAGUUGCCAAGGUGACAGUUGCCAAGGAGAGGCCUGAAGCUGCCUGCUCAGUUGGUCUUCAGACACUGGCUUCCAGAUCCCAACCUGCUCUCCAGGGCUCAGAGACCAAUGAGGCCAACCUGAACCUCACCACAGAUGCUGUGGUCCAAACUGCUAGGCCUGAAGGAAAGCAGCCUCCUGUGCAGACCCAGAGCUUCGGCCACAACACAAUCCUUGAUGGGUCUCAGGAUAGAAACAAGAACAUUACCACAGGGCCUCAGAAGUGCACGGAAGAUAUCAGAACUGAGACACUAGCCAAGGAAAUUGUCCACCAAGACAAAUCCCUGGCAGUCAUUUUGGACCCAGACUCCCGCAUGAAGACAACCAUGGACCUGAUGGAAGGUCUGUUUCCCCAGGAUGUUUCUGUGCUGAAAGAAAAUGGCAUAAAGAAGAAGGCCAUGCAGAAAACUGUCUCCUGCCUAGGACAGGAAGGCAAGAGGAGUGAAGACAAGGAGCCAGUGGGGGUGUUGGUUAACUGCCCAGCCUACUAUAGUGUGUCUGCUCCCAAGGCUGAACUGCUGAACAAAAUCAAAACCAUGACAGAAGAGGUGAAUGAAGAAGAGGAGCAGGCAGAUGUCAAUGAAAAGAAGGCUGAGCUCAUUGGGAGCCUCACCCACAAACUUGAGGCCCUACAGGAAGCAAAGAGGAGUCUACUGAUGGACAUCAAGCUCAACAAUGCAUUAGGAGAAGAGGUGGAGGUGUUGAUCCACGAAUGCUGCAAGCCCAAUGAGUUUGACAAGUACAAGAUGUUCAUUGGGGACCUGGACAAGGUGGUGAACCUGCUGCUCUCCCUCUCAGCGCGCCUGGCCCGUGUUGAGAAUGUCCUUAGUGGCCUUGGUGAAGAUGCCACUAAUGAAGAAAGGAGCUCACUCAAUGAGAAGAGGAAGGUCCUGGCCGGGCAGCACGAGGAUGCGCGGGAGCUCAAGGAGAACCUGGACCGCAGGGAGCGCCUGGUGCUGGACAUCCUGGCCACUUACCUGUCGGCCGAACAGCUCCAGGACUACCAACACUUUGUGAAGAUGAAGUCAACACUCCUUAUUGAACAGCGCAAGCUGGAUGACAAGAUCAAGCUGGGCCGAGAGCAGAUCAAAUGCCUACUAGAGAGUCUCCCUGUGGACUUCAUCCCCAAGGGGGGCACCCUGGCUCUACCCCCCGGCCUCCAGGACGAGAAGAGCCCGCUAGGGGCAAGUGCCUCCAGCAGUCUUUCUCCACGAUAACCCCCCCUUUUCUCUCAAUGCUGUUUAAUCUGGAACAUGUUUUCACUAUAACCCCCCAUUGAAACUGUAUGGGCAAUGGGGGUUUUGCUAGAUGAAAGGAAGAAAUUCUGUCUUGGGAAAAUACCCGUAUUUCUUUUCACCUUUCAUGAUUAAUCUGAGAGUUUGAAUGCUGCUGGGAACUCAGUCCUUUCCUCCAUUGUGACUUUGUAGUAGUAAGGAAAAAGAAAAUCACUGGAAUUGUGAGAACUGGUUGGAGGGCACUUGAUCACUUAGCUUUUAACGGGUGGAGGGAGGCUCCCUAGAUUAGUGUGUCGCCCUCAGAACAGGUCACAGUGGCCUGUCCUGAUGACAUGUAUGAGCACUCAUGAAUGAAGGGCAUGCAGCGUAAAGCCUUAAAAACACACAGGAGGAAACAACAACCUCCAACACUUAUUUAUAUAUAUAUUUUUUAAAUGAAAGAUCAUGUUUGUGUGUGCUAACCACUUAUUUGUUUUUGUGGUGGACAUAGACAUUUAUGUUUGAACUUUGUAUUUUGUGAAAAACCUAAUGAAGUGAAUUCCAAAGAUAGUCACUGAGCAUGGACACGUGUUUUUCCUUGACUGCUUAUGUUAAACUGUAUAAGGAGACAGGGGCAUCCCAGUUACCCCACUAGCCUCACCACUUCUGCAACAAGUAAAGUAUACCUUCCCCAGAAUCUGCUUCAUACAACACAGUCACACAUUGUUUCCUCAUUGUGAUAGGAAGACAGAGAUUUAGUCCAAGAACAAGCCAACUCCAAACAAAAUUCAUGCUGUGCUAUUACUGAGGGCUUCUCCACAAGAUUUUUGCUAAGUGUAGUCUGGUGAAUUUUAUCAGUGUUUUACUGAUUUUUUUUUUUUUUUUUUUUUAAUGAGAGAAAACUCAGGGCCUCGUGCACACAGGUCAGACCCACCCACUGUACCACCUCCUGGGGCAUUUAAUGAUGUUUUCCAAUAAAAUUUUCCUAAAAUGUUAAAAUGAUUUUGCAAUCCUGGUCUUGAGUAAUAACAUCUAGAGGCCAAUGACCCAAUACUUUGAACAGAUGGUACAUGCCAAACUGCAUUUUUAAUACUGUUUUUCUUUACCAUGUGCUUGGUUUGGACUUGUAAGUACUCUUAACAGUCUACCAGAUAAUUAGGAGAAUUAGCUAUUGGAUUGUUGGAAAAGUUGUAACUCAUUUUUGCAUAGAAAAAGUACAUUGGGCAGGGGAGACAGCAUAAUGAUUAUGCAAACAGACUCUCAUGCCUUGAGGCUCCUAAGUCCCAGGUUCAAUCCCCCACACCACCAUAAGCCAGAGCUGAGCAGUGCUCUGGUGUUUCUCUCUGUGUGUCUCUC